AUGCCAGAACGUAUUACAUGGGAAGCAGUCAAAGGACAAGGUAAUUCACUUUUAUCUCCAGCCUACAAAAGCAAUGGCCAUGUCUUUUUAUCUGGAUCAACAGGACAAGAUCCAAAAACAGGUAUCUUUCCGGGUGACGUUAAGGAACAAACUGAAAAUGUCAUUCAAGGUUUGAAGAGAACCUUAGAAGCUUCAGGCUCUAGUCUUGAUAAAACAUUGAAGGUUUUGUUGUUCAUUUCCCAUGCUGCUGAUGCCGCUGCUAUCAAUGAAGUUUAUGCUAAACAUUUUACUACUAAACCAGCAAGAAGUGCAUUAGUGGUAGGUUUCCCAAACCCAAAAAUUAAGGUAGAAAUUGAAGUAGUUGCUGAGUACAAGGAAAUCAAAAGUAAGUUAUAA